AUGCGAAACGAAAGCAUACAUGGAGCGUUCAGACUUCAGAUAUUGAAUGAACUCAUGAAAAGGCCUCUUAAGGCAUACAUUAGCGGAGGAGGAAACCCUGGAUACCUGGAUUUCUUAGAAUUUGAUGGUGAGUAUACUCAUCAAGAGAUACCUGAUAAGAAAACUCAAGAUCAGAAUGAGAAAGGAGCUAUUGAUCCAGCCUUCCUAGAGGCAGCUAAGGGUCCAAUUGAAGCAGCGGCGAAAAUUGUGAGCAAAAACAUAUUGCUAGCAGCAAUUAAGAACAAUGCAGAAAAUUCUGAGCAAAUUACCAGUAUCCAUCCACGAUGCCUCAUUAUAUUGCUAGUAGCAGUUGAGAACAGGCAACCUGAAAUUGCUGAAGCAUUGUGCAAAUACCUGACCCAAGGAGCAAUGCCAAAUAAGACUAAUCUCUGGCAUGACCUCGUUCAAUCACUGGAUUCUUCUCAAAACACAAUAUUGCACUUAGCAGCCAAGUAUGACAAAUCCAUGCCCCAUCAUCCUUGGAAGAUUUAUGGCUCUGCCAUGGUGAUGCAGUGGGAAAUAAAGUGGUACGAUACUCCGGAAGAAAUCUUCACUCGAGAUCAUGACGAACUUGUCAAAGACAGCGGCCAAUGGCAUAAGGAGACAUCUGAAUCUUGCUCGGUGGUGGCUGCGCUGGUUGCUGGAGUUUCCUUCGCGACGUCGAGCCAAGUCCCCGGUGGGAAUGACGAAGAGACCGGCAAACCGAAAUUAGAAGGAAAGCCUACGUUUGAACUUUUCGCAAUCACUUCACUUAUGGGCUCUGCCUUCCCUGUCACUGCACUGAUCAUGUUCUUCACCAUACUCACAUCUCGAAAACAACCCAGAGACUUCAAGAGAAGUUUGCCGAUGAAGCUUCUGCUGGGCUUAAGCUCGCUGUUUGUGUCCAUCUCCUCAAUGCUCAUCGCUUUCUGUGCCGGAUAUUUCUUCCUAAUUGAUGAAGAUUUUAAGAAAGGAGUGUUCCCUCUUUAUGCUGUCACUUGCCUUCCUGCUUCCUAUUAUGCAAUCGCACAGUUUGGGCUCUACCUGGAUCUUUUGAAAGCCAUUGUUAUCAAGGUUCCCAAAUUACACCUCUAG